AUGGCCCAGGCAGAGCCUCGUCUCGACGAUGUCGACGCGAACAUCCAUCCGAUCAGCGGAAACCAAAACACCGUGUGUGCUGGUGCACGCACGUAUACUCUCACCUGGUUUAGCCCGCUGGUCGAGGCGGUUGCCCUGUGUGUGAUCGCUGAGCAGAGCCCAGCUACGUGGAGCCCUAGGUGAGAGUUGGGUGCGAGCAUAUAGACGCUAGGCGUAGUCUCACCUGCAAGCAAGUGAGCGACCAAUUCGACCAUUACGUGAACCCACCGCUGAUACCGCUACACCCCACAUACGCUCUCUGCCUCAGUUAAAGCUUUUCCAUCUAAUUUUAUUUUCUGCUUUCUGACUUGGGAACCCUCGAGUUGUCGACCGUCGCAUCUCAACACACCCCACCACUCAAGACACUGGAACGCCAGUCAAGUCAGUCGUCCGUCGUUCUUUCCGAGCCCGGUUGCCAACCUGCUUAUACACCUCAUUUUUCGGCUUUUCUGUACAGGAUGCAAGGCGUCCCUCUACUGGUGUGUUAUCUCUUUUCCUGCUAUUUGAGACCUGAUUAGAGGAUAGUAUUGGUUAGGAUCCGCCCAUGACUUUAGCUGCUGCAGCAAAAGCCGCCGUGACAGCCACUAGUGUCCAUUGCCGUUUCUGGUUGGCUGCUUAGACAGAUGAGAAAAAAUUCCUUUCCAUAAUUCGAACCCAUUUUAUUCUUACUCCCCCCCCCUGUUCCUACGUUCUUUGAUGCAAUUCGAUGCAUUAGGCGGCGCUUUCUUGGCACGAGCUAUGCAACCGGUUAAGCAAAUGUCUAGCAAAGCUUGGGUACAUUAACCUAUAGAUGGUUGCCGAGAUACCGAGAGAGAAAUCGAUUCCAGGGCGUGUCACAAGGGUGGUGAUGGCGACUGAACGUGAGUACCCGUAUUUUUCACUGAAGAAUAAGCAUAAAUGAUGUUACUACAAAGCUGAAUUCUGUCAAAUUUACUGUAUACAAACCUUGCAUUUAUAAACCAAAAUAAAAAAAUAGAACUUCGUGGCGUAUGUGUUGCGCGCCAGCACUUCUUGUGGCGUAACAGUUCCGACGAUAGUGUCUAAACCAGUUUUUCGAGGCUUCACACAUUUCGAGCAUGUUUACUGAAAGAGAUAUUUUGGAAAGCUGUCCUCGCAUAAAGGUCUGUCUUUACAUAGCAUUUUGGCCCAAGAACACUUCAAAAUCAAAUCGCGGACGAUUACUGUCACCGAAAACAGAUUAAGAAGAAAUCCCAAGAAGACGUCUAUUUCGUUCAAAAAUUAAAAAACUAAACUCUUGCGGCAAAACCUCGCUAGUAAUUGAAACGCACGACGGACAAACCUGACCUACAUCACAGCCGAAAAAGACGGCGGUAAGUACAUUUUCUAACGACCGAAAGCAUCUUAUCUCGUGUACUAAAGAAUGUACAGGGACAUGCUUCUUGAAUAUAAUCUACCUACAGUAGAUGUGCUAAUUCAUCAAAUGGCAACCAAAAUUUCGAAAUGCGUUCUCGUUUCGAAAAGAUAAAUUAAGUAGUGUUGUAAAAUUAAUCAUGCUGCAGCAUAAAUCUAUAAUGAACCAGUUACCUCAGGGUGUCGGCUUUCGAAAAAACUUAUUUUCGGCUGCAUGCAAGAUCUAUACUCUGCAAAAAAUGACUACUUAGGUAGCAUGCAAUUUUCUCAUUGAUUUUCGAUGCCUUGAAAAUUCCAUUAUAUUUCAUGGAAAACAUGCAUAAAAAUAUUCAUUCUUUUACUUAUUCGGUAGAAAAUCACGUCUGUUUCCAAUUUCAAACUCAAAAGAAGAGUAUAAUUUGAUUUGAAAAAACUUUUCUAAUUCCCGAAUAAUUUUGCACCCGACCUGCUGUUACACUUGAAUUCAGGAUUUCAAAACUACAAGCUGUAUAUUUUCCGUGUACGAAAAAUCAUGCAUUUCUUUACGGUGUUAAGAGGAGACCAUAUGAGGUUCGUGAAAUUAAGCAGUGGAUUUGAGCAUUAUUGUUAACUUCACAAGCCACAUUCGUAAAUGCAGAUACAUGACGUUUAAUGAACGGCCAUCUAAAGGUAUUAAAAAAUCUGACAAUUAGAAGCUUUUUAAAACCGAAGUAUACUCUUCGUUUGAGUAUGCAAUUGGAAGAAGACGUGAUUUGCUACCGAAUAAGUAAAAUAAUGAAUAUUUUUAUGCAUGCUUUCCAUAAGAUAUAGUUGAAUUUUCAAGGGCAUCGAAAAUCGAUGAGAAACUUGCAUACUACCUAAGUAGUCAUUUUUUACAGAGUAUGGAUCUUGCAUGCAGCCGAAAAUAAGUUCUUUCGAAAGCCGACACCCUGAGGUAACUGGAUCAUUAUAGAUUUAUGCUGCAUCAUGAUUCGUUUUACAACACUACUUAAUUUAUCCUUGCGAAACGAGAACGCAUUUCGAAAUUUUGGUUGACAUUUAAUGAGUUAGCACAUCUACUGUAAAGGAAUUACUGCUGCAGGUAACGAUAUUGCUUGAUCGAUUUUUAAAUAGUGAAGGGCAAUCUACCUUAUAGAGUAAAAAACUUCCGUAUUGGACAUAAUGUCAGGAAACUCACAUGUGAGGAAGGAAUGCUGCCGUAUCAAAUUUCGACUAAUAGUUCGUCUGCAGGCGUUGGUUUUCCGUACUUAGACACUACUGUUUUUAAAAAGCCCAUGAAUAGUCGCUCGGGAUGACCGUUCCCACGUCAUCAAAAGAGGUGGUUGGAGCUACAAGCCCUUGCUAUUCAGAAGUAUUUUCGGACAACAAAAUGUCACGGUGAUUUAAAAAACGAAGGGUGAACGUUUGCAUAGGAAGUCAGUGCAGACAGGCUGAAAAAACAAUCUGGCAAUCCGCCAUCAGACUGUUAGCGUCAGAUAAUAGAAGAUGAAAGUGGAGACAAGACUCUUCCACUGAGGAGCGAUAUGUUGCUGGGCACACUUUACUCCGUCAAAUCCACUUUGCCUGCACACGUAAAGUGGAGGAAUGUACCCAAUCCUUGCCCUGUCCUUGUAGAUUCGCAGAUCUCAAUCUUAUUCCGCCAAGUUUCGCCAGGGGUAGUCAAGCAUGCAAACAGAUGUUUCAGUCACUGGCCGGCAGGAAAUAGAAAUUGGACGAUCUGAUUUUGUGUUAUUCAAAUUUUCGAAGCAGUUAAAUUUGGGAAAUGUGAUAGUGGAAAGUGGUGAGUCAAUAAGAAGAACGAACCUUCCGGGGAAUUACUGUUUCUAUCCUCUUUAUGUCAACGGCUCGUGUUCGCCUGCGUAAAGUUCCCGAGAAUAUAGUCUGCUGCGGACACUUGUUCUGGAUAUGGCUAUCGACCAGAAAGAGAGGAUGAUAAUAGGACAAAUAAAGCCGAGACAACAAGACAAGCUAGGAGAGAUAGAAGAUUCGAGGAUAUAAGAUAGUCAGGACGCCUAAAAAUAGAAGUCGCAGCCUAAGCAUCGAAAAUGAAAAUAACAGGAGUGACUUUUACAAAAAAAGACGAAUUUGCGAUCACUAGACAAAUAGAUGAAUCAGUCUGCGUUUUCAGACAUGUACAGGAACCGAUCAUCAGAGACUUUGAAAGUCCAGUGACAGCCGAACAAUUUCCUAGUCAAAUAACGACGAAGAGGGAAGGGGUGGAGGAAUUAAAGUCAGUGAACGGGUCGGGUGUACUGAUCGCACUUUUAUCUUGUUUGCAUCAAGAACCUGGGACUCGCAUAUUCGCCUUCAUCGGUAGAACGAUUUUAGCCCACAAAAAGAAGGCUUGCCAAAUCCAUGUAUGGGAAAAACAAAAGGUUUCUAAACCUUUCUACAUAAACACCAAAGUAAGGAGUGGACAGCUAUACGAAAGGCGUGGAAGGUUAGGGAAGAUUGACGUUUCCUUAUUUGAUCUCAUUGAAGGUCGGUGUAUAGGUCUUCUGUUUUGCUUGCUACCCUGGGUCAGGCGUAUGCAACUGGUCCCCCAGUAACGACCUCGCACUGAGGCCAGCAAUUAAAUGGGAGGAAAAGAGAAGGGAUUUCGUACUUCUAAAACUCGUCAGUGUAUGCUUACUGUUCACGAAUUUUACCUUCUACCUAAAUUUUAAGCCUCGAUCGUUAUUAAGGAUGACGUAAAUAAUUAGAAGAAUAAUUUACAGACAUUUUAGCAUUCCUAAUUAAAUGUUUGUAGACUCAGUAAGAGGAUAGUGAUUGAAGAGGAUCACUAAGUGAAUGAAUUAAAAAGUUCCUGGCGGUAAACAAUCAACAUUAUUUGUUUGGGCAUGCGAAGAUAGGGGAUUUAGCUGAAACUGAGAAUAAGGACGAGAUCAUCGUCACGAACUGAUUAUCGAAAUAAGACUUAAGACGUUCAGGAUGCACGACAAAAUGUUCGAAAUAUUAGUCGCGAAUAAGCUUGUUUCAAAAAUAGGAUUUUUUCUCACCGUAUGAUGACUUAUUUUGACCCAGCUGUGAAGAACUCGGCGACCUUGGGAAGUUUCCAAAAUCCACUCUGUCAUAUGCACUAUUAGUAUUAAAAUAGAUGCUAAUAUGGAUAUCCCCGGUGUUUAAACCGAUUAACCACCAUUUGGAGGCGAUGCUGGUCUUCGAACUAUCACAAGAAGGAGGUACCGGGCUUUAGGACUAUGCAGUUUGUAUGUUCCUCAGUGACGAACCGAAGGAGGUACCGGGCUUUAGGACUAUGCAGUUUGUAUGUUCCUCAGUGACGAACCGGUGUGUAGUCCGAGUCAUCAUGGGUCGUAGACCGGUCACUGGGAGCUGGGUUAUUUUCGAAAGCCAUCUCGAAUGUUAAGAUUACCCCAUUGUGAUCUGAUUUCCCCAAAUGGAAUGGGCAUAUAGGUGUGCACGGUGACAGUAAGUGCUUUCAAAUUAAAAGAUUAGACUGGGAUAUUACUUUCUACCUCCAGAAGACAAUAGGCGUUAAAAGAUAGCUUUUCUGAAGGCAACAGCCUGAGAAGACUUUACAGGGGGUCAAAAAACGGUAAGAUUGCAGUUGGUAGCCAGACAUUAUACGUUGAUACUGUCGGCGUACGUACUUGUUAUCAGAAGGUGUGCUUAUCUUGUCUAGGGAGCUUGUUAUCAGUAGGGGUGCUCUUACUGAGUUAGGCAGGUCGCCCGUUUCGGUCAGGCUGUUGGGUUUAGUGAGGGCUAGGGUUAGGCGUAGGUUAAGUUUUAGGACAAGGGUUUGCGUUUUAGGGUCAAGCUUCAGUGUUUGGCUUAUGAUUUAGAUUCCCAUUAGGGUUACGAUUAAGGUUAAGGCUAGGGUUAGGGGUAGGGUUAGGCCCAAGGUUAGGGUUAGGGUUAAGGCUAGGGUUAGGGUCAGGGUUAGGGUUAUGGCUAUGUUUUGGGUUAGCGUUGGUUUUUAGGAUUUUGGUUACGUUUCGGUUUUGAGGUUUAGGUUAGGCUUUACGGUUGCUGUCAGUUUUGGAUUUUAGGGUUAAGCGCAGGUGUUAAAUUUCGGCCAUUAUUACAUCUACUUAAAACAUCCCAUCAAUUUCCCUGGUAAGUUUACUUUUACCCAGAAUCUCCAGCAUUGCUCUACCAGCCCUUCCAUUUACCCCACCCAUAUCACCCCAUUUCUCACCAUUCCCGUACGACAAGGACCUGGCUGUCCGCCUCCCCUUUCCUGGCUACCAACUGCGAUCUAGCCCUAAAAACCUCUGUCGCAACGGCUUCCUCUGAUUUUGUAUGGCAGAUCACUUUGAACUCGAAGGCGGUGAAGCAAGGGAAGAAACUAAAGCAAUGUCCAAGAAUUUUUCACGGUAAAAAUGCUCCAAAUAACAGAUAUGUAGGCAGCCAAAAAAUCGAAAUCUUGUUUAACAUUUGUUCGAGCGUUUGGAGGGUGUUGUGCGCAGCGUCCACUCACGAUUGCAGAACGUACACACGUAAGUGCAGUGGUGUUCAACAGUGAGUAUAAUACCCAGGAGGGGGGGGGUGCAGGGGUGUCCAGGUGUGGGUCCACGUGAAGGUCGUGGUAGGUCAUUCACUUGCUUGCAGAUUCUGACUAUGCCUAACGCCUAUUAACUGGCACCUAACUCCCACAUGUGGUUCCUCGCAGCUACGCUCUGCCUUGCGGCCACAUCCCUUUAACUGCUUCGACCGGCGGGCUAAACCAUGCGAGGGUAUCCAUGUGUGCAUAUUCACACGGUGGUCCUGUUCCUUUUUACUCCUUUGUACCUUCUCUCCGCACUCCCGGCCCAUCAUUCACUCUCUCUACUCUACUUUAACCCUUUACCCCACAGUCGAAAGUCCUACGGCGAGAGAGGCAGUGAUCACGCAGGCGGCGCAGGCCAUUGGUCGUUCGCUCACUAAAGCCCGUAACCCACAGUGGACAGCGGCAUCCGUCUGGGAGAGCAUUGCUUUCCCCGCGAGGGAGAGGGGACAAUUAAAGGUGCCCUAAACAAAGCUGAGUUCACGACACCUUCGCGCAGACCGUGGUUCGCAGAUGCAAAGCACGCUGGCAAAACAACAAAAUAAGAAACAACAACCUCUAUAGACCCCCUCCUGCCGUCCCACCACAUAGGCAGCUAGGGCGUGUCCGAUCACUCUGGCAGUCUGAAAUGUUUGUUCCCUUUUAAAUAAUCCCAGGAGCAACCGACCGGAACACAGGACGGUGCUAGUGGCUCGGGAACUGGCGCGCUACAAGGUGGACAUCGGUGUACUCAGUGGGACCCGAUUCUCCGAACAAAACCAACUGGAGGAGGUGGGUGCCGGCUACACCUUCUUCUGGAGCGGUCGUCCCAGGGCAGAGCGACGGGACACGGGCGUCGCCUUUGCCAUCUGGAACGACAUCGUGAGACGACCGCCCUGUCUGUCGCAGGACGUCAACGAUCACCCGAUGGGCCUGCGCCUGCAUCUUCGGGGAUCCUAA